CGGCGGCGGCGACCAGGGCGGCUCCCAGACGCGCUGCUCCCGGCCCGACCACCAGGGUCCCCGCGCGCCCCCAUGUCCUCCGCGCCGCUGCGCUCGCCCGCCCUGCGGCCCCACAGGAUGAAGAAGGACGAGUCGUUCCUGGGCAAGCUGGGCGGCACGCUGGCGAGGAAGAAGAAGGCCAAGGAGGUGAGUGACCUCCAGGAAGAAGGGAAGAAUGCCAUCAACUUGCCCAUGUGCCCCGCCCCAGUGGAGGUCCACCCCGAAGACUCCCUGCUCGAGGAGAACGAGGAACGCACGGUGAUCGACCCCACCUCCAGGGACGACCCCAGAUUCAAGGAGCUGGUCAAGGUGAGGGUCCUCAUCGACUGGAUCAACGACGUGCUGGUGGAGGAGAGGAUCAUCGUGAAGCAGCUGGAGGAGGACCUGUACGAUGGGCAGGUGCUGCAGAAGCUGCUGGAAAAGCUGGCAGACUGCAAGCUGAACGUGGCCGAGGUGACCCAGUCGGAAAUUGGACAGAAGCAGAAGCUGCAGACAGUGCUAGAGGCGGUGCAGGAGCUGCUGCGGCCCCACAGCCGGCCGCUCCAGUGGAGCGUGGACUCGAUCCACGGGAAGAAUCUAGUGGCUAUCCUCCACCUCCUCGUGGCCUUGGCCAUGCACUUCCGGGCCCCGAUUCACCUCCCGGAACACGUCUCCGUGCAAGUGGUGGUCGUGCGGAAACGGGAAGGCCUGCUGCACUCCAGCCACGUCACCGAGGAGCUGACGACGACCACCGAGAUGAUGAUGGGGCGCUUUGAGCGGGACGCCUUCGACACGCUCUUCGACCACGCCCCCGACAAGCUCAGUGUCGUGAAGAAGUCUCUCAUCACGUUUGUGAACAAGCACCUGAACAAGCUGAAUCUGGAGGUGACGGAGCUAGAGACCCAGUUUGCAGAUGGCGUGUACCUGGUGCUGCUCAUGGGGCUCCUGGAAGAUUACUUCGUACCCCUGCACAACUUCUACCUGACCCCUGACAGCUUUGACCAGAAGGUCCACAACGUGUCGUUUGCCUUUGAGCUGAUGCUGGACGGAGGCCUUAAGAAGCCCAAGGCUCGUCCUGAAGAUGUGGUAAACCUGGACCUCAAAUCCACCCUGCGGGUUCUUUACAACCUAUUCACCAAGUACAAGCACCUGGAGUGACAGCAAGGGGCAGCAGAGACCUCAGCGGGGAACGCGCUUCGGGAGGUGCCCUGGCCUCCCCUCCUAGCCCGCGGUUGCUCCCCACCCCACCCCACUUUUGUUUCUGGUAGAUGCUCUUCACCUCCUUCCCCUGUAAUUUCACAGCGGGCGGCAUCCUUAGAAAUUCAGGUUCCAAACACCAAUGCUUUGUGAGUUUGCAGCCUCGCCUCACCUGGGGUACCACAGGGGGCCAAGUCUCUUGUUGAUCAAAAGAUGGAAAAGAAAAAAAAAAUCCGGAACCCUGACCCUCAGCCCCUGGGAGGCAGCAGAGGGGCGCCUGGCAUUCCAGCUGACAGCUGCCAGCGAUCACAAGUCGUCAGAAACGCACGGCAGCGUUGCAGCAGGGGCGAUGGCUUGACUGUCCUGGGCGGGACUCUCCUGGGUGGGACUCUCCUGGGCAGCCAGGCCUUUUUACAAAAAAUGCAUUUUGCUGUUUGAAAAAAAUUCCCUCUGAGCUCCCGGAAGCCUCAGCUGCGACCGGAGUGUCCACUCGCAGCCUUAUUCCUUGGCCGCUCCGUGCAGUUUGCAUUUCGCUUUUGCUCAGACGUCUGGGACCCAGCGGACCCAGUGGCCACGGUCCGUGGGAGGAAGGGUUUCUGAGGCGUUUCUUCAUCUCUUGCUGCGGCUGAGUGGGCUGUGUCGGAGUUGGCUCUAAAAGGCAGCUGGAGACAGCUCCGCUGGGAAGUCUCCAAUCCCAGAGGCUCUGUUUGAGGAUGGAUGCCUUUCCAAAAACCUUUGGAAAGCAGGGUGUUUCAGUUUGCUGCGGCUGCCGUAACAGAGUGCCUGGGUUGGGGGGUGGGUUCUCAGUUCUAGAGGCUGGGGGUCGAGACAGUGGUGUCAGCAGAGCUGGUGCCUUUGGAUCCUCCUGGGCUUGUAGACGGACGCCGUCUUCCCUCGCUUCCUACGCUUCUCCCCGCUGUGUGUCUCAUCUCUUACAAGGACACCAGGCAGACCGGAUUGGGGUGGACCCUAAUGGCCUCAUGGUACCUUAAUUACCUCUGUGAAGACCCCUGUCCCCAAAUACCGUCACCUUCUGAGGUCUUGGGGGUUAGGACUUCAAUAUGCGGGUUCUGGGGUGGGGGGGUCACAGCUCAGCCUGGGAGAGGGGCGGUGCAGUGUUCACCUCUGUCCUCCGCCGCCUGUGGCAUCCUUGGGGCACCCUGUCGAAGGAAAUGCGAUCCCUCAUUUGCGUGCCCUUCACCCCUCGCCUGCCUCGUCUCGGGAGAGAAAGGGGCACCCCUCGGCUGGGUCUCAGGCAGGUCCUCCCCUGGGUUUGCUCAGCACCCCGGCAACAUGGGCCUUUCUCUUCUGUGAUAUUCGCCUUCCCGCUGCAGGUCAGAGCUGUUGAGCACGUUGUUAUCUUACAUUGUGUACCCGUGCUCAGGACUUAGAGAGCAGCUGCCUGUUCCGCCUGGGCUCAGGCGGCUGCCAGCCUGGGGCCGGGUUCAGAAUAGCCAAUUUGAUGGCGGAGGUUACCCAGCAGGGGAAAGAAAUAAUUAAAACGGCAUUACGGCGUCUCCUGCGGGAGGCGGUGACAUUAAAGAUCCACAUUGACAAAAUAGCUGAGGCUGGAACGUUCUGUGCCGCCUUCAUUACACGCGUGGAUCUACGGUGCCAGGGAGGCGGAGGCCCCUCCACCUGCCGUGGGAGCUCGGGGGCCUGGCGGGGCGAUGCCGAUUCCUGGGGGCCUGCGGGGGUGGGGGUGAAGGAGGGGAGGCCGGGGUUUGGAAAGAAGCCUGGGGUCUUCAGCCCAGGUGGGCAGCCCCCCCCACCCCAGGCCUGUUUCCACACCCUGAAGGUCCGGGUGAGGGGCAUUGGUUCUUCCGGGGAGGGAGGUGGUGAUGGGGUUCAACUCCCAGGGCAGUGAGCCCACUUCAGCCCUCUUGUGUUUUAGGCAGGAGAGUAACAGGAAUGAUAAAUAUGUGGGAAACCUAUAGACAGGCACUUUUAUCUCGUAAUGCUGACUCUUUAAAGCCCUGUGCAGCAAAGCAUGUCGUCUGGUCUCCAAAUUGACUUUUUCUCAAACCGGUGGGGAAGGCGUGGGCGUGCCUUCCACCCACCUGUGCAGGCCCCCUGGGGCCGUCCGCGUCAUUCUCCCCGUCCGCUGUCUGAACUGGACCCGAAUUGAAAGCGUGUGUGGGGUGAGGGCUGGGAAGCAGUUUUGAGGCUGAAGCCAGGGUGACCUCUGCAGUGGCUAGAUUCCUCCUCUUGGGAUCCACCCGUUAUCCCUGGUGGCUUGGGGACAACAGCUGUCAGGAUGUGAGUGUCAGGGCCCGGGACAUCCCUGCUGCGAGGCCCACAUGCUGCAGCAUCUUCUGGGGAAACUGGGGCAACAGAAACUACUUUCUUUUGACACUUGCUGGGAGCUCCUUGGAAGGCAAAAGCUUCCCUCUUAGUCCUUAAAUGAGGAAAGUUCUAGAAACCUUCCUGCUGCACUGAUUCCCAUUUGUAGUGAAUGGCCUCCCCCGCUUUGCCCCGAAGAGGGACCUUCAUCCACAGGAGCUAAGUGAAAACAAAGUCAUCGGUACCCAUGCCAUGAUGGCUAAAGGUCCUGAAAUGCCUCCUCUUAUUGUUCUCCGGAUGGCCUGUCUUUUGAAUGCCCUCCCCUUCACUGGUUUUGGGGCGCCUGCUUGCAGCUCUGGUUCCCCUUCGAACACGAUAUCAAGAAGCGCUGAGCCCAGAGCCCCACGUGCCCUGAGGUCCUAACUGGAUGUGACACAAGAGCUGUGUUGUUUUAAAGCAGCCAAAUCCUGUUGCCCAGUUUGUGUGCCAGUAUCCUUGUGUCCUUGAUUUGUUUUAAGCGGUGUUUACUUUGGAUUUCUGGGUAUUAAAUAAAAGCCACUGAAACCCUG